CUUACCUACCGACUACCUACGCAAAUAUUGAAAGUGAAAACUAACAAAUUUCUUUUACUAUUACUACUUAGGAUAUAUCAUAAUGAGUUUAUAACAAGAAAGAGUUUAAAAUAGUUAAAAUGUAGUCAAAAUCUAAUAAUUUCUAAUUUUAAAUAAAUCAAUGAAACGUAUUAUUUGGCCAAAAAUCACACAGAGUAUUUUUAUCAAAUAGUAAACACAAUAACAUUUGUAAUAAAUACGCGGUCGAUAGUAUUUGUGCAAUCAGUUUUUUAACGAACUUUUUUUUAGAACGUGAAAUUAUGGACAACAACGUAAAAAUGUUUUCAGUAUAAAAUCCAAACACCACGCAAACGUUCCACAUACAAUUGUCCGUCGUCUGUCUGCUUUCUUCAGGGCUGUUUAGAAAUGAACGCUUUAAUAAUAGCCGUGGCUGUGUUAGCCGCAUCAGUGACUCUUUUAGUCGUCGAGGCUACACCUGUUAACUCGUACAGAAAUCCAUCACCGUCAUGUGGCACCGUAGAACCGUCUUGUGGAACAGUCGAUCAGGACUCCAACGGAGGUUGCACCUGCAGUGGCUCGUGGCAGCCGCGUUGCUCCUGUCCAAAUCCACAAAACUGUCCUCAUCUGCGUCGCUACAAUCUGCGGCCUUGCAGUUGCAAACCACAACUACCGACGACAUACCAUCUCCCGUCUUGCAGUGCCCCCCCUGUAGCAACGACACCUAUCCCCUACCAGAUGGUCCAGUACUCCCCGUGCCCGACUUCGUCCUCCCCAGACCUCCCCUCCACGGACUCGCGCCCCUGCCUGAGCCCCAGCCUUGCGCCUGUAGCAGUUCCAGCCGGUCCACCGUCUUGCGCCGCUCAACAACUGCCCUGUCCGUUCUGCGCAUCUCAGCAGCAGCCGUCUUGCUCAUGUGGUGGAUCACCCUUAUCGGUUAACUGCCCUUCUGACUUCAAAGAUGAGGACGUGCCUUCACCAACCCCGUGUCUCGCGCCCCCGCAACUACCACUGCUGCCGAAAUAUAUUCCCAUCGCGCUGAGGCCACUGUCGUACAACAUCCACCGGCCAUCGGCUCCGUGACGUCCUGGAUUAGGGGUGUAUGGUGGCCCAGCCCCGUCGCUAUUCUCAUUAUUGGGCUGCGGUUCUCCGUCGCCUUACCAUUCCUAUAAUUACAAAUAAAAAAAUAUGAAGUAUAAUAUGAUGGCAAUG